AUGAAUCUUCUCACGGUUGACAGACCUACGUGCACAACGACCAAUAAUUCAGCGACAGCGAAAUUGAUGCGAGAAUGCAAAAUCAUCAUUUGGGAUGAAUGCACGAUGGCACAUAAACUAGCUUUGGAGGCAGUUGACCGAACGAUGAAGGAUUUACGAGGUGAUUCGAGACGAUUUGGUGGGGCAAUGAUAUUGCUCUCCGGAGAUUUUCGUCAAACACUUCCCGUCAUUCCGAAAUUUACUGCUGCCGAUAAAAUUAAUGCAUGCCUGAAAUCGUCGUUUUUGUGGCGGCAUGUCAAGAAGUUGAAAUUGACCACGAACAUGAGAGUUGCGUUGCAAAACGACCCAUCGGCUGCUGAAUUCUCGAGACAACUGCUGGCGCUUGGUAAUGGACACAUUCCGAUUGAUGUUUUGACUGGAUUAAUAUCGUUUCCGGCAAAUUUUUGUGAGUUCACAUCGUCGAAGGAAGAACUCAUUACAAAAUUGUUCCCAAGCAUUGAGGUCAAUUAUAACAAUCUUGAUUAA